AUGGCUCAAGCCUCCGAGUGCCGAAAUUCCCACUUCUAUUACUACAGCAUCAAAUUUGCUCUGUCCACCUAUGCCACCCUCUUCUCGAUCCUCGGCCUCGUGAUCCUGUGCAUUGGGAUUUACGCCGAAGUGGAGAGGCAAAAGCACAAAACCUUGGAAGGGAUCUUCCUGGCUCCGGCCAUCAUCCUCCUCCUGCUGGGCUUCACCAUGUUUGGCGUCUCCUUUGUCGGCAUGGUGGGGAGCCUCAGGGACAACCGGACGCUGCUGAAGACGUUCUUCUGGGUCCUUCUGGUGAUCUUCCUCACGGAGCUGCUGCUGAUAUUCAUCGAAAUCAUCUUUGAAAACAAGAUGAAUGCAGUUUUCCACUCCAACAUCCAAGAGGGCAUCAGACACUAUUACGAUGACCUUGACUUCAAGAACAUCUUGGAUUUUGUACAAGAAAAGUUUUCUUGCUGCGGCGGCGAUGAGUACCGAGACUGGGAGGUUAACCAGUACCACUCCUGCAACGGCAGCGGGCCACUGGCGUGUGGGGUGCCCUACACAUGCUGUAUCAGGAAGGUCCCUGGAGAAGUCAUUAACACCCUGUGUGGGUACAGGACGCUCGAUAAAGAGCGCCUGGAGCUGCUCAACGUCAUCCACGUGCGAGGCUGCAUCCACGCCGUCGGGCUCUGGCUCAAAGACAACUUCGAGGCCACUUUGGGCAUCGUUUGCUCCCUGCUGCUUCCACAGGUGAUCGGCCUCGUGAUGGCUUGGCUGUAUUGGCAAAAGCUCAACGAGAUCUACUCCAAGGUGGACACCGUUGACUUCAGGAUCCUGGAGAUGCGGGAUUUCGGCUUCGGGGCGGUGGAUCUGAGCGGCGCGGGAUGGUGCUGGUGCUUGCCCAGGGAAGGGGGCUACAUUCUCGUCAAUGCUGAGGAUGAGAAAGACGAAGAGGAGGAGGAAGACGCCAUCUGCCACAGCAAAGUGUGA